AUGUCCCCUCUAAACAACCCUUACGAUCAGUAUACUGGGCCGGGUUUCUGGAACUUGGGAGUUCAGGGUCGGAAAACCGGCAUCCAACCACCAAAUAUAAAUGAACGCGAUCAAUACGACAUGGAGCCAUUGGGGGCUUUUUUCUCUUCACCAGAUCAGGCGACUUUGGCAGCCAGUAGGAAUGGUGACCCUGAAUCUAACCAAGACGAUGGCAAUGGACGAGCUGAGGCCGACUACGCGGGCGAAGAAAUGGGCAAUGAGCCAGAUCCAUUCUUAUUUCGAGAGCCCAGUGCUCACAUGGUGCAUUUCGCCGAACCCUCGCCGCUGCAGCUCCAGCCGAUUUUACCAGCUCAGAUCCAAUCAGCGAUUGCUUACCCCUCCUCCCCUCCAGAACGAAACGACGCGGCCCAGAACGACCCUGGAAGAUAUGACACAGAGGGUUGCGCGAACGCAGAAGCCUUUUCUCCGGAGAUGUCUGGUAACGAGGAUUCCGAAGAAGGCAUUGAGUGCCAGGACAGUCAACACGGGCACACAAGCGCAGAUACCUUACAGCAUCUUAAAGAGGCUCCCACUAAUUACAGUCAAACAUCAUCGCAGCAGUCAAAAGACGUCGAACCCGAGCGGCCCACUUCACCAUGCACAAUACAGAAUUACGAUGAAGACACCACGGGGACGCUCCUGCAACAAACAAGUAGAGGAAUCGUUCCGCCCCAAAGGAGAGGCAGGCCAAAUAAUACUACUCCUGGCCAGUCGAAAGGACCAGAAGCGGACUUUAAUUCUCAAAAGCGGCGGUUUGAAACUCUCUCGUCAGCCAGUCCAGAUCUUUCCAGUGACGAAUCCAGGCUGGAGGAGGCGGACUGUGCACGGGAGCGUAAGAAGCCUCGCAAAACGGCCACUCGAGUUCCGAAUACGCCACACUCAGCCCAGGUAAACCCUGCGUUAGCACAAGGGCCACAACCUAAACAGCGGCCAGUAGGGAGACCCAAGAAAAAAAUCAAGUUUGGCGGUAAAUGCACGAGACAGCGCAAAGCCAAGACGGUCGUGAGACCCGAGGGCCAUACUUACACGACAAGAUCCGGCAGAGUUUGUAAUACGCCUGUACACGAUUGGCGCGGCGAUACAGUUGCGAGAGAGUAUGAAUCCGUCCCAGAUGCAACUGGGCGAGGUCAAAUCGUCUUGCCUACGAUCACCAAAGUUAUCCGUGCUCCUACGGAGGGAGACUCAUCUACAGGCGGACAACGAGGGGGAAAUCACCGCAAAUCCGCCAGAAAGAAAUCUCAAUCGAUAACCAAUACAAAACGAGAACCUUGGGAAGAGAUUGGUGGUAUCAUCAGCGUUAAUUGCAAGGUUUGGCAAGCCGACCGUGAAGCCGAUAAUUCGGAUGUCAAUGGAUCAGUGUACACCAACCGACGGCAGGUCGCUUUCACCAGCGAAGCGAUCCUGAGCACGCACCCUGCAAAACGGAAUUUUCAAUUUGGAAGGAUUGACACCCCAACCCCCAUGAGCUUCGGCAUAUUGCACUUGCCAUCUGGUCAAAGGAAAGAAGCAAAAAAUACCCGUGGAUCAGAACAAGUCUUCUUUCUUCAUUCUGGAAAGGUAUGUGUGGAGUUGGAGCAACAAUCGUUCCGUAUCAGCAAAGGGAGUUCGUGGAUUGUUCCUAGAGGUAAUGAGUAUAGUAUCAUCAAUGACUACGACAAAGAUGCGCACAUGUUCUUUUGUUUCAACUCGGAGACAUGA